AUGGCUAACCCCAUCCACGAGGUACACAAUGUGGUGGCUAACCCCAUCCACGAGGUACAUGAUGUGGUGGCUAACCCCAUCCACGAGGUACACAAUGUGGUGGCUAACCCCAUCCACGAGGUACACAAUGUGGUGGCUAACCCCAUCCACGAGGUACAUGAUGUGGUGGCUAACCCCAUCCACGAGGUACACAAUAAGGUGGGUAACCCUAUUGGCGAUGUACACGAUGUGGUGGCUAACCCCAUUCACGAGGUACACGAUAUGGUGGCUAACCCCAUCCACGAGGUACACAAUGUUGUGCCUGAUCCCAUCCGCAAGGUACACAAUGUGGUGGCUAACCCUAUUCGCAAGUUACAGGAUAUGGUGGCUAACCCCAUCCACGAGGUACACGAUGUGGUGGCUAACCCCAUCCACGAGGUACACAAUAAGGUGGCUAACCCCAUUCGCGAGGUACACGAUGUGGUGGCUGAUCCUAUCCACGAGGUACACGAUGUGGUGGCUAGCCCCAUCCGCGGGGGACACGAUAAGAUGGCUAACCCCAUCCGCGAUGCACACAAUAAGGUGGCUAACCCAAUUCGCGAGGUACACGAUGUGGUGGCUAACCCCAUCCACGAGGUACACAAUGUGGUGCCUGAUCCCAUCCACGAGGUACACAAUAUGGUGGCUAACCCCAUCCACGAGGUACACAAUGUGGUGCCUGAUCCCAUCCACGAGGUACACAAUAUGGUGGCUAACCCCAUCCACGAGGUACACGAUAAGGUGGCUAACCUCAUCCAUGAGGUACACGAUAUGGUGCCUGAUCCCAUCCACGAGGUACACGAUGUGGUGCCUGAUCCCAUCCGCAAGGUACACAAUAUGGUGGCUAACCCCAUCCACGAGGUAAACAAUGUGGCGGGUAACCCCAUUCGCGAGGCACACAAUAAGGUGGCUAACCCCAUCCGCGAGGCACACGAUAAGAUGGCUAACCCCAUCCGCGAGGCACACAAUAAGGUACACAAUAUGGUGGCUAACCCCAUCCACGAGGUACACAAUGUGGUGCCUGAUCCCAUCCACGAGGUACACAAUAUGGUGGCUAACCCCAUCCACGAGGUACACAAUGUGGUGGCUGAUCCCAUCCACGAGGUACACGAUGUGGUGGCUAACCCCAUCCGCGAGGCACACGAUAAGAUGGCUAACUCCAUCCGCGAGGCAAACGAUAAGAUGGCUAAACCCAUCCACGAGGCAUACAAUAAGGUGGCUAACCCCAUUCGCGAGGUACACGAUGUGGUGGCUGAUCCUAUCCACGAGGUACACGAUGUGGUGGCUAGCCCAAUCCGCGAGGCACAUGAUAAGAUGGCUAACCCCAUCCGCGAGGCACACAAUGAUGUAGGUAACCUCAUUCGCGAGGUACACGAUAUGGUGGCUAACCCUAUCCACGAGGUACACAAUGUGGUGGCUAACCCCAUCCACGAGGUACACAAUAUGGAGGCUAACCCUAUCCACGAGGUACACGAUGUGGGGGCUAACCCCAUCCACGAGGUACCCGAUGUGGUACUUGAUCCCAUCCGCGAAGCACAAAAUAUCUUGGCUAACCCCAUCCACGAGGUACACGAUACGGUGCCUGAUCCCAUCCACGAAGUACACGAUAUUGUGCCUAAUCCCGUCCACGAGAUACACGAUGUGUUGCUUAAUCCCAUCAACGAGGUACACGAUGUGGUGCCUGAUCUCAUCCACGAAGUACCAAAUGUUGGUACCUGA